AUGAGUUCUUACGACCACGAUGCUGCGGAGGGGUCAUUCCCACGCCCGCUGAGGUCAUACGAGGGAGGGGUGGGAGGUCCCCGAAGACCCAGACCUGUGACCGACUAUGGCUCGUCAAUGGUGCAGUGGAUGCGGGUGCGCCAGCCUCGAUACAAAGGAUCACAUAGGUUGGAACGUGAAAGACCAAGCGCCAGCUACACUGUGGAUAUGCUCCCUCCCUUGGCCCGAAUCGAUUCACCUGCUGACACCAUCCCCGUUCGUCAUCUCCACCAAUCAAUCGGUAAAUCGAAGAAGCCUAUUACGGUCGUCAGAUGGACGCCGGAGGGACGACGGUUGUUGACAGGAGGUCACACUGGCGAGUUCAUGCUAUGGAAUGGUACAGCAUUCAAUUUCGAAACGGUUAUGGAUGGAGACAUCAAGUACUGGCGGCCCAACUUCAACAACGUCGAAACCGUCGACGACGCCCACCACGACGCCGUCAGGGAUUUGUCGUGGUGUCCAAGCGAUACGAAAUUCGUCUCUGCCUCUGACGACACGACACUAAAGAUCUUCUACUUCACCGCCCGCAUGUGCGAGCUGGUGCUGACGGGCCACGGCUGGGAUGCAAAGUCGUGCGAUUGGCAUCCGUCCAAGGGCCUCCUAGUCUCCGGAUCCAAGGACCACCAGGUCAAGUUUUGGGACCCCCGCACCGGCCGGUGUUUGACUACCCUCCACAGCCGUAAGAAUACAGUCACUUGGACUAGAUUCUCGCGUGUGAACAGUAACCUAGUGGCGACAUCAUCCCGGGACCAUUGCGCCCGCGUCUUCGAUCUACGGAUGAUGCGAGACAUAUGCAUUUUACGAGGACAUGAGAAGCCGAUAUCUUCCAUGACGUGGCACCCGAUUCAUAGUUCGCUUAUCUCUACGGGAAGUGAAGAUGGUUCAAUUCAUCAUUAUUUAUUGGAUGAGCAGAAUCUACCUGCUGGGCAGGUCCCCACUGUCGCGCCAUACGACAGCGCUGAUCCUGCUAAUACCCCCGCCCAACUUAUAUUCCCCGCUCAUCGUAUUCCCUAUGCCCAUUCGUCUACUAUAUGGACCCUCGACUGGCAUCCCCUCGGCCACAUUCUGGCGUCCGGCUCCAAGGAUAAUUUUACCCGAUUUUGGUCCCGCGCCCGACCCGGCGAAACCAGCUAUCUGAAGGAUAGAUUCCACAUUGGCGAAGAAGCCGCAGAAGCCCAGGGAACUUGGAGCCGUGGCUUUGGCCGUCGACAGAUGAAGGAAGAAGAGGAGCAGGAACUUCAAGAUGAGGCGGAGGGACUUGUUGACCAGAAGAAGCGCGAUGCUUCAGUUCUCCUCGGAAUCCAGGGUGUUCCCGGGGUUGGGGAUAAUGUCGGGCUUCCAGGGCUGAUACCAGGAAUUGGGGCAGUUCAGCCACCCCCGCCACCCCCUUCAGGUACGGUUUCAUCCAUGUCGCAAGUCGAACCGAGCCGUCUGGCGGCGAUGAUAUCCUCCGGCUCGUUUCCUCCGCCACAACUCGAAUCCUUACCACCAAACUUACGUCCGCCGGCAUAUCCCAUGCCUGGUAUGCAGGGAGGUGGUUUCGUCCCACAUAUGGAUCUAUCAUCCUUACAAAACCAGUUCUUUUCUCCACAACAACAGCACCAGCAGCAAUCCUACACGUUGCAGCAAAACCAAAACUUUCCUACGCAGGGUGGCGGAGGCUUCACGUCUUCAGGAAUCCCCGGUCUUCAGGGCCAAGCCCCAACCGGCGACCCCAAUGAGGAUUUCACGAAUGGAAUAAGGAAACGCGGGCCUUUGCCAAGCCAGCAAGAUAGCUUGAUGGAAGAACAACGACGGGGAAACUGGCGAAAUAUUAGAUAA